CAACAGUUAGUCAGACACCUCGGUAGCUUGAUAGACAAAAUAUACGAACCAAUAAACCGCUUUAGACGCUUUCGUGUUUAUUAGCCACUGUAUUUUAAACUGACUACUAUCGUCUGGUUAGUUAUCCCAUUUAAUUUCAUAUUUACAGUGUUGUUAUUAUUAUUCAGCUAGCUCCUUGUUAAGUUAGCAUUAGCCUAGCUAGCUAACAUCUCUGACCAUGAGUUCACUAAGCUACUCUCCUCCUGUUAAAGAAGAGGUGGUCUGCUGGACGGAGAAAGAGGGUCUCGUCAAAGAGGAGGCGGAAGAGGAGGCUGUUACCGUGAAAGAAGAAGAGAAAGACGUCUCAGUUAAAGAAGAGGAAGAUGUGUUCAGAGUGAAAGAGGAGGAGGAUGUUACAGUAAAAGAAGAGGAGGAAGAGAAAGAGGAGGAUGCAGUUUUUGGAGUGAAAGAGGAGGAGGAGAUGACUGUCACGUCGAAAAAGGAGGAGGAAACUGGAUAUCUGGGCCCGGUUUCCCAAAAGCAUAUUCAGGCGUCCAAUGGUUCUAACAAUGAAUUUAGCCGUAAGAUGGUUUUGAGAAACCGGGCCCUGAUUAACACUAGAGAGAGACGUGACUAUAGUGGAUCCUCUGGGGAGCCUCAACAACAUCAUGACGCUGACGAGGCAGAGGAGAGUCUCUCCAGAUCAGAACACCUCAAGAAACAGGGAACAGGGAAGAAACCUCACCGCUGCUCUGACUGUGGGAAGAGAUUCCCCUCUUCAGCUGGCCUUAAAAGACAUCAGAGAAUACAUACAGGAGAGAAACCGAAUAGCUGUAAUCAAUGUGGGAAGAGUUUUAGUGUUACACGCAGCCUGAAAGCACACCAGAAAACACACACAAGGGAGAAAUCUUAUAGUUGUGAUCAAUGUGGGAAGAGUUUUGUUACAUCUAGCAUUCUGACUACACACCAGAGAACACACACAGGAGAGAAACCUUAUAGCUGUGAUCGGUGUGGGAAGAGUUUUACUACAUCUAACCAACUGACUAUACACCAGAGAAUACACACAGGAGAGAAACCUUACCACUGCUCUGACUGUGGAAGGAGUUUUGUUUCUUCCCAAUAUUUAAAAUCACACAAGAGAACACACACAAUAGCGAAACCUUACCAUUGCUCUGACUGUGGAAAGUGUUUUGUUUCAUCACAAUAUUUAAAGUCACACCAGAAAACACACACAGGUGAGAAGCCUUAUAGCUGUGAUCAAUGUGGGAAGAGAUUUAGUCACUCAAGCAACUUGAUGGUACAUUUGAGAACGCACACUGGAGAGAAACCUUAUAGCUGUGAUCAAUGUGGCAAGAGUUUUACUUCAUUUAGCCAGCUGACUAUACACAAGAGAACACACACAGGAGAUAAACCUUACCACUGCUCUGACUGUGGAAAGAGUUUUGUUUCGUCCCAAAAUUUAAAAUCACACGAGAAAACACACACAGGAGAGAAACCUUAUAGCUGUGAUCAAUGUGGGAGGAGUUUUACUCACUCGAGGAACAUGAUAUCACACCAGAGAACACACACAGGAUAGAAACCUUGUGGCUGUAAUCAAUGCAAGUUCGAAUCCCCGAGCUGAUAUGGUACAAAUCUGUCGUUCUGCCCCUGAACAAGGCAGUUAACCCACUGUUCCUAGGCCGUCAUUGAAAAUAAGAAUUUGUUCUUAACUGGCUUGCCUAGUUAGAUAAAGGUGAAAUUAAGUACAUAUUUGGGAAGAUGUUUACUCAGGCAAAUAUCCUGAUAGCCCACCAGAGAACACACAGAGAAACCUCAUAGCUGUGAUCAAUGUGGCAAGAAUUACGCUGGUAAAAGACCUCUGAUUAAACAUCAGAAAAUACAUUUAUGAAGGAGUUGUUUC